AUGUACGAAUACAAUCACGAUCACAUUCACGAUCACGAUUAUCAUGAACACGGGGAAUAUUUUACAGGUCGGCCAGGAACGGAUUAUCCGGUGCUAGGAAAGGUGCCGUAUACGAAUUUCUAUUGCGACGAUCAACCCUAUCCAGGGUUUUUUGCCGACGUUGAGACCAGAUGCCAAGCUUGGCAUUAUUGCGACAUUGACGGCCGACAGGCAACAUUCUUGUGCCCUAAUGGGACGCAAUUCAGUCAGGUCGUAUUCGUUUGCGAUUGGUGGUUCAACGUUAGGUGCGAACUCAGUCCGAAGCUUUACGUCAUCAACAGCCGAUUGUACGGGAAACCAACGGAGGAUCCUACAAGGCCCCAUCGCAUCAUCACGAAGGAACUACUCGAAAAUAUCUUCGUUAAACGAAAAUGAACCCGUGAUUUCUGGAUGAGAACAAACUAUUUCUUCUUUUUUCUCUUUCUCGCUCUCUCUCUCUCUCUCUCUCUCUCUCUCUCUCUAUCUCUCUCUAUCUCUUUCAUCCUUCGAAAUCAACGGACGAAAUUUUCGUUCGAAAAAAAAAAAAAAAAGAUAAAUGGAUAGUGUUAUUUUCUUUUUUUUUUUCUUCCCCUUGAUAUAGUGAACAUUAACUUUUUGAAAUUUCGUCGGAACAAGAGAUGGAUGAAUAUAAAAAGCUUGUUGAUCGUAUAAGAAUUAAACUCGAUGGAAGAAUUCUUCUUUUUAAUUU